AUGGACAACAACUUCCCCACUGUCCCUCAUUUCCUCACACCAAGUACUACCAGUACUACUACUAGUACUAGUACUAGUACUAACACUAGCACUAGCACUACUCAUGAUGAUUCUCGCAAUUCCCAUUUGAUUUCCUCCAUCUACAAACCGUUCACCAGCCCCACCUCUACUCAGUUCUGUUAUCCGACUCCAAGGUACUUGGCUCAAGAUCAUUAUAAUCAAGCCCUUCAAUUCCCCGCCGGAAGUGUUCAUCUCCCGGGUUUAGCCUAUCGGCCUCUUGUGGUGGCCGCCGGACAGAGUGUGGGUGCAGUGCUCGUGGGGGUGUCCGAAGAGCAAGAUAGAAGGCUUUUGGAUGCCUGGACAACCAAAGUUGCCAGGAGUAAGCGGAGACUGGCUCGUCAAAGGAGUCUCAAUUUGGUCACCAGGCAGUGUUCUCCACCUUCUUCUUCUUCUUCUUCUUCAUCAUCAUCAUCUUCUUCGACUACUCAUGCGGCUGCUAGUUUCUCCGGUGCCACAACUCUCAGCGAGUACACAAGGGAACAGCCCAUUUCCGGCGCUGGUAACCGAGAUCUCUACACCUUCUGCACUCCUGAUAACAAGAGAUUGAGAAUACUGCUGAAGAAGGAGUUGAAGAACAGUGAUGUUGGAUCUUUGGGAAGAAUUGUCCUUCCAAAGAGGGAAGCAGAGGAAAAACUUCCAACCCUUUCUGAUAAAGAAGGCAUCCAAUUAGUGAUGAGAGAUAUAUAUUCCAAUCGGGACUGGAGUUUAAGAUACAAGUACUGGUCAAAUAACAAGAGUAGAAUGUACGUCCUGGAAAACACAGGAGAUUUUGUAAAGCAGAAUGGACUGGAGAUUGGAGAUUCCAUUGCUCUUUACGAAGAUGAAUGCAAGAAUCUCUACAUCUCCAUAAAAAAGGGAACAAAAGCAGUAACCGAGUCCUCACACAAACGACACCUCUCUAAUCCAAAGAUCACCGCAGACGACAACAAUGUCAGCAAUAGCAACAGUACUACUACUAGCAGCGACGACAUCUAUGCUGUUGCUAAUAGCCAAACAUCAGCAGACUACAACAACUCAUUGUUAUCAUCAGCAAGCCACGCAUUCGAGGUGGUGGCUAGGGAUGAGGAAGACGCGUCCCUAGCCUUGCUCAUAGAACAACUCAACCACAAGGAACAGCAAGAAGCUAACAGCCUAGACUACACCACUUUGUCCCACAUCGAAUAUGGUAACGAUUCUUUGUACGGACAGAGUAACGAAAUCAGUAGUUGGAGUAGUAUUUCAUCCAUUAAUUAUAACAACGUUGUAAUAAGCUGCAGUGAAGGAAUGCCUUCUACUGAUCAUCAAAUGAAGAUAGAGGCAGUUCAGCUGCCACGGCCACCGCUACCGCCACCGCCACCGCCGCCUUCGUCAUCUAGGUCGCGCAGCUUUGAUGAUUACUUUGACGACUGUUAUGGCGGCCUUGGCACCCUCCCUGAAAUCGAUAGCCAUGAAUAUUACGGCUAUGCCACUCUGUUUGAUCGCCUUAUGAGUGAGAACUGA